CGAUCUUAUCAACCCAGCGCUCUUCCUCCUCCAUCCACUAUCAGCGCCGUCUCCUCAUCUUCCUUAUCCCCUUCCUUUUCUCUACCGCCCCGUUCGCUGUCUUGAAGACCAUGGCGACCACAUUGGCUGAUCAGAAACAUUCUCAAUCACAGCCUGUGUGCCAGAAUUGCGGCACUUCCACCACCCCCCUCUGGCGCCGAGACGAACUGGGCUCCGUGCUCUGCAACGCCUGUGGUCUCUUCCUGAAACUACAUGGGAGGCCUCGGCCGAUAAGCCUAAAGACUGAUGUGAUCAAAAGUCGCAACCGCGUCAAGACCGCCGGGCAAGGCACCAAGCGUAAGUCCGGCGGGGCGAUCGAUACCAAUGGCCUCUCUGCCUCCAGGUCCGAAGCAGGGACCCCUCCUCUGGGAGCGCAUGGCAAUCGUCGCGCAUCGCGGAAGACGUCACCGGGUCAUUCCGACCGAUCCAACUCGCCGGUGCCGCGCACGGAAACGCCUGGUCUUCCCCAAGUGCAACAACCACACACUCAAUCGCUGCACAAUUCCAAUAUCGCCCCGCAACACAUGUUUGACAGUGUGACCAUUGGGGAUCAUGGCAUGAAUCCGCCCAAUUCGAUGCCCUCAGUCCAAUUGCGGCAGCCCUCCCCUACCGCGACCUCCGCGGCUGGCGAACGUCAUCCCGAGUCUCCCCAGACUUAUGAGGGCCUUCUAGCGGCCAACACAUCCCUGAAGACGCGCGUGAGUGAGUUGGAGUUUAUCAACGAACUCUUCCGUGGUCGCGUUGCCGAACUCGAGCGGAGCGAUGCCACUGCUCGCCGGUCCGAAAUGAUCGUUCGCGACUCGGAAGUCCGGCUGCGACGGUCUCUCGAAGAGGCCCAGCGACGCGAGGACGAUCUCAAACAGCGCGUGGCCGAUCUCGAGCGGCAGCUGGUUGACAAGGCCACCAUCAAUUCCACGAACAGCGACAGCCCGGGUGAACCUCUAGCCAAGAGAAUGCGAUUGUCAGACGUGGUUGAACAACCAGCCGAGUCCCCGACCAAAUCGCCCAAGAGCGUCUAAUCCCUGGAGGAAGGUUCAGUAUGUUGGACGGAAGCGUCUGUGCUGUCAAUCACAACGUGUCUCUGCGCGUUGCUGAGAUCUCUGAUCUGAUCUUCCUUGGUCUUUUUGAUACCCUUUACGAGUCU